CCGGAAAUGGAACCAAAAAAGAAGCUGAACCGUCAAAACAUAAACAACAGACCACUCAACCUUGUGGGAACGCAGUUAGCUUGCAUUAAAUAUCUUUUACAAAAAAGCUUCAUGCACGCAUUCCUAAUGUCGUGUAUUUACGGUCAGAGAAUUCCGUGUCGAGGCACUUAGCUCAGUGGCUAAGUAGUGAGGUGGAGAAAAUAUAUCUCCAAUAAAGAUUAACGUUAGGUCUAAACUAAGAAGUACGCCUCGUCGGGCCUUCGAGUAGAGCUUCUCCUUCGAGUCGACGCAGUACAGAGGAGACAGAAUGGCUGAGGCUGACGACAAAUCCACUGCUCUUAAUGGUGGCUCUGAAGAUAAAGAACCAGGAGAACAUGAACACAAGGAAGCAGAUGCCUCCGGAAGCAAAGAGGGAAAAACCCAGUCUUCUUGUCAAGAGGCUCCCAAAGAAACAGGAGAGGCAUCUAGAGACAAGCCUACGCCAGAUGUGGAAGGUGAGAUGGGGCCAAACAGAGAGGAAGAGGAGGAAGAAGACACAGACAGCAUGGAUGGCAGCGGUCUCUACUCCCUUACUGAGGAUGGUGAGAGAGAGAGCGAUGUAGGCAGACGGGAGAGAGCAAAGGAUAAAGAUGGCGGGAAAAGGGCAGCCAGAAAGAGGAAUAGACCUGGCGGCGGCACCAAUAACUCCACCAGCUCAGAUGAGGAUGAUGAUGAUGAGGACGAAGAAGAAGAAGAACAGAAAGAUGAUGAAGACGAUGAUGAGGCUAUGGAGGCGUGGCUCGGAGCAGAGCUCCGUGACCUGCAUGGCCCUAUAUGGCGGGCAAUUCCCUCACUGCGCUCCAGGGAGAUCGGCAGGAACGCACACCAGUUUGUAAGGCGUGUGUGUGGAGCCCGUGGUCUUGUGCAGAGGCUUGAGCUCCAGGGCCGACUGGAGAGGCACACGGGCUGUGUCAACACAUUGCACUUCAACCCCUCGGGCACACGCCUGGCUUCAGGCAGCGAUGACCUGCGAGUGGUGAUCUGGGACUGGGCUGUGCGCCGUGCUGAGUUGGAGUUUGACAGUGGCCACAAGAGCAAUGUCUUUCAGGCAAAGUUCCUGCCUCACAGUGGAGACUCCACCUUGGCCAUGUGUGCUCGAGAUGGUCAGAUCAGAGUGGCUGAGCUCUCUGCCACACAGCGCUGCAAGAACACCAAGCGGGUAGCACAGCAUAAAGGGGCAGCACACAAGCUGGCCCUAGAGCCAGAUUCCCCCUGCUCUUUUCUGUCUGCUGGAGAGGAUGCUGUAGUGUUUGGUAUUGACCUGCGUCUAGACCGUCCCGCCAAUAAACUGGUGGUUGUAAAGGAGGGUGAUAAAAAAGUGGGGUUGUACACCAUCUUUGUCAACCCAGCAAAGACACAACACUUUGCUGUGGGCGGAAGAGAUCAGUAUGUGAGGAUCUAUGACCAGAGGAAGAUUAAUGAGAAUGAUAACAAUGGUGUCUUGAAAAAGUUUUGUCCUUCACAUCUGGUAUCCAGUGAGUCCAAAACCAACAUAACCUGCCUUGUGUAUAGUCAUGAUGGCACAGAGCUCCUGGCAAGUUACAAUGAUGAGGACAUCUACCUUUUUGACUCCAACCACAGUGAUGGGGCUGACUAUCGCAGGAGAUACAAGGGACACCGCAAUAAUGCUACAGUGAAGGGGGUGAACUUCUAUGGGCCAUGCAGUGAGUUUGUGGUCAGUGGCAGUGACUGCGGACACAUCUACCUGUGGGACAAGAACUCUGCUCGCAUAGUCCAGUUCAUGGAGGGAGACAGGGGAGGAGUGGUGAACUGUUUGGAGCCACAUCCCCAUCUGCCAGGUAUUGCCACCAGUGGGCUGGACCACGACAUCAAACUAUGGGCCCCUACAGCUGAAAGCCCCACUGGACUCAAGGGUCUCAAAGAGGUGAUGAAGAAAAACAAGCGGGAGCGCGAUGAGGACAGUGUGCGCCACGGUGACCAGUACGACACCCAGCUGCUGUGGUUCCUGAUGAGACACAUGAGGAACAGACGUCCACCAAGGGCCCGACGUGAGGGUGCAGACGCAGACACAGAUGAGUCCUGGAGCUCUCCAGAUUCCUCUGAUGAAGAGGAAGGAGGUCCAGACCACGUCCAGUGCAUGUCCUCCUGAGCCACACAUUCUUACUUAUACAAAUAUAUAAACACACACACACACACACACACACUUUGUUGCCCUUGCAUUGAUGCAUAUCGGCAAGCACUAUUGACACACUGGGACACUUAAAUAAGAUACAUUUUUUUUACACACAUACAAAGUCAAACUUAUGAAAACACACACUGACUUAAACAUACUUUUGAAGCAGAGUGACCGAGAUGCUUAACGCCUUGUUUCCCAGCAGUUGUGAGUGUGCAAAUAACGACAACAGACUGCACACACACAGAAUUCUGACUUUUGAGGAUUGUACAAAGAGGUUUAGUGAGUGCUUACAUCCCUAUAAACUACUUGGAGGCCCCUGCUUGUCCAUACAUUAUCUAUAUGCUCUGUUUAGCCCCAGAUCAAUGUACUGUGCACGUAUGGCAACAAGCAAGCACCUCUCGUUGAGGUACCCUGUAGGAAGCUCUACAUCGACAGCAUACGCAAACCCCCCUCUUAAAACCACCUCUUGCUCUCGAGCUCUUUGUGCUGAUAAAGGAAGUUUCAGCCGGGUGGAAUGGCGUAGAAUCGUUCCCUCAAAUUAUCCCUAAAUGUGACCUCCUUUAAGAUUUGAACUCGGAGGGAAACCCCAGUGUGCCCUCAGUGCAGCACCACAGUCUCAUACUGAUUUCUGGCUCUGAGCUUGUGCAGCUAGUUGCAUUUUUCACAUUUUCUCUUCGAGGACUACUAAAUCCCUACAUGCUGCAUCUCCGACAUGCCCUCAAGCUACUCCCUCCCCUUCUCUUUCCCUCACUACUGAGUGCACUUUGAAUCAGGGAUGCUUUAGUUUAAGACAUAGACAAAAUGUGCACUGAGUGUGUGAUUUUGGGGGGAGAGAUGUUUAGUAUCCUUCAUUGGGAAAAAAUCCCCACAGAGACGUUUAGUUUAUUUCUAUUGAUUUUUUUGAGAGGGGAGAUAUUUUGCACUUAAGCGUUUUUUGACUUAGGAAGAGGAGGUUUCUUUUGCUUUCACCAGCCUUUCCUCCUCCUCCUUCCUCCCUCACUCUUCAUCCUGACACCCAUCUUUGACAGGGAAUCCUAGACGUAUGAGGUAGAUGGUGGUCAGCAUGUGCAUUGGCUAAGGACUGAUGAUUGGAUCUGUUGGGGAACUGUGUAAGUUUAAAGAGCCUGUACCGACCUCAGAUCAAAUCCCAAUUGAAACAGCGCCCUAUGUGCCAAUUGAGAUUUGAUAAUA